CCGUCAAAGUAUGACCAGCUUCUCUGCUUUUCGCUCCCCUUUAGAGAAGACUUGGACUCGCCAUUGGGCCAAAACUCCUAGUGGAAAAUCAUGCGACCACCUUCCGAGCUUCCAUCAUUCAGCUUGACGCAUUGAUGCGCUGGUCGCUUAGCUCUCUCCAGAAUCUGCAGUCAACUUUGGCCGGCCCCAUCUUUUCUCGAGCUCCCUUUCGAAUGCCUCAACCUCUUAAACUUAUUCCGAGCAGUACCUCCGCCGGACGGCGUCGCGCCUUCCGAGUCCAAGUCUCUUGCAACGAGCUCGGACACCCCGACUCUGAAGAUGGCAGUGCGGAGGAUCGUUUUUUCCUGUCUCUGCCUCGUGGGAUUCCUAGCUUCGGUCACGUCUAUUUGCAUUGAUCAGCAACUCGGCUCGUCAAGUCAUUGCCCACACUCACGCAGGGACCUGGACGUCGAUGCAGAGCUGCUGGGAAUACAUGGCAGGUUCGAAGCCGGCGACUUGUCGAGGCUUGAGCGAAGACUGGGUCCCGGAAAAGUGCUUGAGGUCAUGAAGAGGCGUGGACUGCGAGAACAUGGACGCUCGAGGGAUCUGGGCAGACGUGAUUUGCUCGCCAAACGCGGGCCAACGGCCUCCGAAAAUCUUUUGGAGAAAUUGUUGAAUGAUGUGGGAAAGGGGGGAAGUGAAGCAGGCUCUGCUGCUCCUCCAGCAUCCGUGCUUUUCACUCAAGACCGGGACAUCCUCGCACACGUCAGGGCUAGGCGCAUGCGAGGCAUUGUGCUACGGUCCAAGGUACCAACGACUACAGAGAGCACUGCGAUGACCACUCACGCUGCUCGGCCCGCUCAGUCGGAUCCCUCGCUGUUCGCUACCAACCAUCCCGACAGGGGCCCUGCGAACCUCGCGCUCGAACUCGAGGCAAAGUUGAUCAGCGAAGCGGGGCGUAAUAGCGCGGACGUCAUCAAAGCCAACGGCCGAUUGAGUGGAAUAUUCUCAGAUGCACACACACCACAUAAGUUCCGCAUCCUCAGCAGCUCCUUAAGUGGAGUCAAAUUGGAACCCAAACAUGGCCACCAAAAGACUGCUAUAAAUCAUGCGACAUCAAGUCUGCAGCCUCGAUCUGUGGUCGCAGUGAGCCAGCUUUCAGCCGCUUCUUCACAUGCAUCGAGUGCUGAAAGGCGCAUCGAAGCGCGCGGAUUGGGAUCUUCCGAAAUCGAGGAAGUGAUCAGAUUGAACAAGAUGAUGGAAGCGAUGGGGACAGAGGAAGGUGCCAGUCCUACAGUCGCUGCGCAUCUGCACAAGCUGGUGCACGGCAGCGCAUCGACCUACAAACCCCCGCAGUGGCAGCGUCGAAAGUUCGAUCUGCCGCAUUCCAUAUCGCUGCCGGCAAACAAAGCGUCCACUGUGGAUUUGCAAAAGUCGGUGUCGAGUCAGUCGAGCAGCAAAACCUCUGCGAGUCCUGCAUCCAUCAGGAUUGUGGAAAAUGGUGAAAAGUCGAGCCCGAGCUUCACCGCUCCUACGCCUGGCUCAUCCAGGGCGCCAAGCUUGUUGAGCUCGGCGGAGAAUAGCAGAGACAGCAUUACAGCUCACAAGAGUCGCAGAAGCGCUAGUCUUUCAGAGUCGUCGUUGUCGUUGCCGCUGAAAAAGGCACCGUCGAUUGAGGAGAAGGGCAAAGGUGUCACAGCGGUGCCUUUUGUCAAGCCGUCGUACAGCAAUGGGGCGCACGAGUGGCAUCGUGACCCUCAACCUAGUUGGUACGCUGAGCAAGGUUGGCACAAGUUUGCGAGCAAAAUGGACGACACCCGAAAGCAGCAAAUCGUAUCAGCUGCUCCGCGUGCACGUGUACACGCAUCGGAUCCUUCGCCGAUCGGGCAAGUCCACAGCACCGUCUGGUUCCUGGACGAUGGUACCCAGUAUUGGCGCGGGAUCGACUUCAAGCGUGAUCCGACGAAGGGAAAGGGGGCUGCCUCUGCGAUCCGUGGACGGGUCGGAACGAAGCUCAGCAGUACUUGGAAAUCAAUCAAGUCAGGUUUCGAAAGGCUAAGUGGUAGUUCUGCCGCACUAGCCAAGCAGUCCCACGAUCAAAGGCACAUCGAAGGGAGGCACAAAGACAUCAUCUAAGAUGCUGACCCUUUUGCGGGAAUUCAGACUCAAGGCGCAUGAAAUCGGCGCCAGACGAA